GGAAGAAGGCUUCGUCGAAGGUCGAAAUUAUUUAAUUUGCGUAAUAUUAAUAUUAAUACAGGCAAAACUUCUUUAGGCGCGUUGAGAGAAAAAUUUCAAGAUCGCGCCAUGGCAAUAACGUCACGUCAUGUAGUAAGGCGACGAUUCUGACGAUCUUUGCAUCUUGCCAAAGAAGUUUUACUUCUGACACGUGUGCUCGGCACACACGCUUUUUUCAAACUUUGCCCUUUUUAUCUGGAACGGUUGGACCGAUUUUGAUAGAACUUUCACUGAAAGAUAGUAGAUGUAACCAAGUUAGAAUCCAGAUACUAAACUUAAGCAAUAGCCUGAAAAGUAUUUCAACACACUUUUAUAUAAGAUUUUGACCCAAUUUAAACGGACAGUCAAAAGACAAUAUUAUUAAAGCGUAUUGUUCGUCUUUUUUAACUAUGUACUUAUGUUAUUAUAUUAAUAUUAUACAGAUAUUCGCAGAGGAAUAUUAGAUUUAGGUACAGGAAAAACUCAUUUACGCGGUUGAAACCGCGUGGCGCAGCUCUAGUAUGAGAAUAGGUACUUAAUUAUUUUUUACUGAACUAACUCGGUUUCAUCCCGCGUAAAAAACCAAGUAUAAUUUAUGUACCUACUUUAUAAUAAUAUGUUAUUCUGGUAAAUAAUAUAAGGUGAAUAAAAUAACGUCAAAAUCCGUUUAGUGGGGUGAACUGAUUCCAUUUUUCCUUAUUAGUAAGUAUAUUUAUAUAUUAUUUUAAAUAUGGAACUCGUCACUCACCGCGUAAUCGUCACGGCACUCGCGGCUUAUUCGGAAAGUAAAUCAAAUUUGCAAAGUAUUUAUAAUCCGUACAAAAAACAAUUGAGUUUUCAGUUCACCUUAAAAUGUAAUACAUCUUUGUAAAUAAAUUUCUGGACUGUCUACAGAACCUGGCACACAUAAAUUAUAUCUCAAUUCUUUUUUCGGCAAUUAAGUUAACGAUUGAACUUGGCUCCCAUUUUUACAUUAAUGAUUUUGGUGGGAUUAUUAAUUACGGCUUCUCAGACCCAAUCCCGUAGUCAGCAGGGUGAUAAGAAGUUAUAUUGAAUGUAAUUAUUACAACGUAAAGGAUUAUGCGACCAUUACAGUGAAAAUAUCGUUUCAAUAUACACGUCAAUCGCUAUGUUCAAAUUUUGGUGCCUUAUUUUUUUUAUAUGCCUCCCAGCAUGUCUGUGCAACAGUGAUAUUAUAUUAGACAACUCUGACGAUUAUAAUAUAAUAUGUCAAUUUACAAAAUGUCUCAAUAAGUGUUGUUCUAAAAAUCAGUAUAUGAAUACAACAGUAUGGUAUUCGAGUACUUGUGUCAAAAAUGAUGAGAAUUAUAAUCUAGAUUUUUCAAAUGUACAACUGUACGAUACUGAGGAACAUUCGAGAAAAAUUAACAAGAAGUUUGGUGAUCUUUUUCGAUUGAAACCAGGUUUAUUUAACAAUAAUGAAACGUUCUUUACCAUUGCUGCUCAAGUUGAUGUCCUGCAACUCAUAAGUUAUUUAAACGAGGAUGGAUAUCUCUAUUUAGAGUCACCCAAUGCUUACAAAAGAUGGAGGAUACUUAAUAAAGACAAUUUCUGUGUAGAUUAUGGAAUUAAGAAUAAUAUAUCGACGAUUCAAUUCUGGGGAAUUCUUGAAGAUGAGUAUCACCCUCCCGCUUAUAAAACAUAUUAUCAGACUUCAGGUCUCAUUAUAUCAUCAAUAUUCCUAUUUCUUCUGUUCUUGGUAUACUGUGUACUCCCGGAAUUGCGAAACAUCGGCGGUAUGGUGCUUAUGGCCUAUGUUAUAAGCCUCAUGGGAGCCUUUGUGUCUCUGACCGUAAUGAACUUGAGCACACUGCAGGAAGAAACCGAUUGUAUUGUAAUAACUACUUUCAUUUACUUCUUUAUCCUGUCUGCAUGCACGUGGAUGAAUGUUAUGUCGUUUGAUAUUUGGUGGACGUUUCGAGGUUACGCUAAAGCGCGGCCCAUACACAGAAAAGGCGAAAAAUUCAAGUUUUGUAUGUACUGCCUGUAUGCUUGGGGAGUACCUCUGUCCAUGUCAAUUGGAUUUGUGCUGAUCAACGCUGCUGAUCUCCGUGAUAUGCCGUGGUUCAUUCAACCGAAUGUACCCGCUUUUGGAUGCUUUAUUAAUGGUGGUCAACAGUUCGUAUACUUAUACAUUCCAAUGCUGAUAUUGAUUCUAUGCAAUUGGAUGUUUUAUCUGUUAACUGCGUUCAAUAUAUGGCGUCUAAGUAGAGGUACCGCCAGGGUCCUUAACUCGGAAGCUGCUGGCAACCCUACUGCGCAUCGUACACAAAAACAGAGAUUCAUGGUAUAUAUAAAGUUAUCAGUUAUAAUGGGAAUUAACUGGAUUCUCGAAGUGAUCAGCUCCUUUUCUCCAGAACUAAACAUUUGGUUUGUUUCUGACACUUAUAAUCUGUUUAUUGGAGUCAUUAUAUUCUUGAUUUUCAUAUGCAAGAGGUCUAUCUACAAUAAAUUAUUGAUCAGAUUCAAAGGAAUGAGGCAAUAUAACCUGCCGAAGAGAUCUCUUACUUCUAGCUUCACAUUGGAAUCAAAUUUAAGUCAAGAGGCACCGCCCAGUGUUUGUGUGAACCCUAAAGGCGAAAGGAAACGGUCUUUGGAACAAAAACCUACAUUUGAAAUUUAAUAAGAGUUCAAUGGACAUUGAGAGAAAAACACUUUUCUAAGGGAGAGGAAGACCAAAGAAAUACGAAAUAAAUAUUUAAUUGGUACAAUUUCUGAUGUUUACCAAUAGCAUAUUAUAAUUUAUUAUGAAUAUAGAGUACAGUAUAAAUUCAAAUUGAUACAUUGAUUUUUGUAACUCGUUAAUCUAUGUCACCAA